AUGGAGAUGGGCGGGCUCCGGUUACGUUAUCAAAGUUUUGUUGCUCGCCAAACGGCCGAAGUCCGAACUUCGAAGGCUCAAGGUCAACAAUUAAAUCAGAAAAUUAGAAUGUCUGAUACUAGGAAGUAUCUAUCAGGACAUGAUAAGCGGAAAAAAAAAAGAGUUGAAGAAUUUAUUGAGUUUCAAAGAGGGGCAAUUGACAGAUUUAUUGUCAAAGAAUCGAAAAAUUCAUCACUUGAAGAUUUGGUUAAUGAAGAAAAACAAGAAAACAAUGAUAAUGAAUUACAUGAAGGCUUAGCCAUUGAAAAUGAUAUAGAGGGAGAUGUGAAUGAGAUUGAAGACAAUGAAAGUGGUGAUGACUUAGACUUUAAAAAUAAUUAUUCUGAAAGUGAUAAUGAUGCUAUUUAUGAAGUGAAUGAAGAACCAAGUUCAUCAAUUCCACUUGACAUUUUUGAUCCUACAAAUUGGGAGAAUUUAGAUCCCAAGUGGAAGGAUCAAUUAGUGGAAAAGGGCCCUAUAAGAGAUGUAUUAACAGGGAAAGGUCCCAAAGAUAAAUCAAAUAGACGAUUCUCUUCAGAUUUCUAUACUCGGUUGUUCAAAAGGGGGCCUCAACCAAGUCAACUAGCAAAUGAGGGAUACUGUGAUUGGGGGCAUCUUAGUAGCAGACUUAAAGAACAUGAGACAAGUAUUGAGCAUAUCAAUUAUUAUGUUAGUUGGUCUGAGUUGCAUAUCAGGUUAAUGAAGGGUACAACAAUUGAUCAUGCUAUUCAAGAUCAAAUCAAGAAGGCAAAAGAGCAUUGGAGGAAGGUAUUACAUCGAUUAAUUUUACUUGUGAAAUUUUUGGCUAAACAAAAUAUAGCAUUUCGUGGUAGUAAUGAGAAACUUUAUGAUGAUAACAAUGGAAAUUUUAUGACUGCUGUUGAGAUGAUUGCUGAGUGGGACUCAGUGAUGAGGGAACAUAUUGAAAGAAAUACACAUCAUCAUUAUCUUAGCCACAAAAUUCAGAAUGAAUUGAUAUGCUUGUUAGCUUCUCAAAUAAAGAGUUCUAUUCUUGAAAUCAUUAAAAAAGCUAAGUUCUUUUCUGUAAUACUUGAUUGCACUCCUGAUGUUAGUAACCAAGAGAAAAUGACUUUAGUUAUAAGAUGUGUUGAUGUUUCUACAAGCCCAAUGAAAGUAGAAGAAUACUUUUUGGGAUUUUUAAAAGUAGAUGAUACAACAGGACAAGGCUUGUUUGAAGAACUGCAAAAUGUGUUGAAGAGUUUUGAUCUUGAUAUUGAUAAUGUGAGAGGACAGGGAUAUGAUAAUGGGGCAAAUAUGAAAGGGAGGCACCAAGGCGUACAAAAAAAAUUAUUGGAUAUAAAUCCCAGAGCAUUGUAUACUCCAUGUGGUUGUCAUUGUUUGAAUUUAACGCUUUGUGAUAUUGCAAAUUCCUGUGGAAAACCGAAAGACUUUUUUGGAGUAGUACAACGGAUUUAUACAAUAUUUUCUCAUUCUACAAAGAGAUGGAAGAUUUUGAUAGAUCAUGUAACGGUAAAAGGUUUAACUCUCAAGCCAUUGUCAAUCACUCGAUGGGAAAGUCGUACUGAAAGUGUAAAAGCAGUGGUACUUCAAGCUCAACAAAUCAGAGAAGCUUUACUUCAAGUUGUAGAAGAAAAAGACACUGACUCUAAAAUAAGAAGUGAAGCUAAGUCUUUAGCAACAUUUGAACUUGGAAAUUUUGAGUUUUUAGUGGGUAUGAUUAUUUGGUAUGAGAUAUUGAGUAAGGUUAAUAUUGUUAGCAAAAGCUUACAAUCUGAAAACAUGCUUAUUGACGUUGCUAUGACCAAGAUUAAGGGGUUAAUUGCUUCUUUUGAAGAGUAUAGAGAAUCUGGAUUUGGACAAGCUAUCAAUACAGCAAAAGAACUUGCUUCAACAAUGGAGAUUGAUCCCGUUUUUCCUGAACAAGGACAAAUAUAUAGAAAAAGGCAUUUUGAUGAGGUUACAUAUGAGUCUUCGAAACUACCUCUACCUCAAGAAUCUGCUGAGGAAGCUUUUAGAGUUCAUUAUUUCUUGUUCAUAGUAGAUCAAACAAUUGGUUCAUUGAAGAAAAGGUUUGAGCAAUAUGAGGAAUAUGAAGAUCUUUUUGGAUUUCUUUUCACAGCUGAAAAGUUGAGUUCAUUGAUGGAUGAGGACUUGAAAGCUCGUUGUAAGAAUCUUGAAAGGAAACUACAAAGAAAAAAUGGUACAAGACAAGAUGUUUCAGAUUUGGAUGGAGAUGACUUAUAUCAAGAACUGAAAAUCAUACAACAUAUUCUACCAAAGGAAACAAAAACAGCAAAGUUUAGGACCGGCCCUGAUCGCCGCCUCUGCUCUCCUCCAAAGUCGACCACCUUCGAGGUCAGCUGCCCCUUUCCUCCAUCACCACCGUUGCCUUAUGCACGCUGCCUCCCCACGCCGCCUCCGGUGUCACCGGUCCACGCCAAUGACCUCCUCCCCCGUCUCUCUCUAGCACACUGCCGCCUCGCGUGA